AUGCCUCCGCUGCCAGGCUUCCUGACCGUGCGAGUCCUGCGAGGGGUUAACCUUGUUAGCCGUGAUGCUACAGGUAGUGACCCCUAUGUCGUGCUUAACUUGGACAAUCAGAAAGUGAAGACAAGUGUGAUAAAGAAGACAGUUAACCCAGUCUGGAACGAGGAUCUGACUCUAGCAGUCAGGAAUGCAGCGACACCGAUCAAGCUAGAGGUUUUCGACAAGGACACCUUCAGUAAAGAUGACAGGAUGGGCGAUGCGGAGUUUGACAUCGAGGCGUUGAUGCAGAUCAUACAGAUGGAUCUGGAGGACAUCCGCAGCGGCACCGUUGUUCGCACCGUGCGGCCCAGCAAGCAGUGCUGCCUGGCCGACGAGAGCCGCAUCAUCUGGGAGAACGGCCAGCUCGUGCAGGACAUCCUUCUCAAAUUGAGAAAUGUUGAGACUGGAGUGGUGCACCUGCAGCUGAAAUGGGUGAACAUCCCAGGUACUUUGCUCUUCCUUGCACUGCUAGGUUUCAGACUCAUGGCGUUUCAACACCGAAACAGCGUUCUUGUUCUGAAGAAUAACAGUGGCGGUGCAAAUGAUUCAGCGUCGUCAGAUCAGGACAUAUUGUUAUAA